AUGGAAGGCGCUCGUCCAGGGAGGAAAAUACAACCUGGUCACGAUGAAGAAGCCGUUGUGGAUAUGGGCAAAAUCAGCUCUACUAUCAAUACAAACUUUGAGAAAGAAGAACUAGAGAGUCACAGAGCUGUGUAUAUUGGAGUUCACGUCCCAUUUGGAAAGCAAGGCCGUCGACGGCAUAGGCAUCGAGGGCACAGGCAUCACAGAAGAAAAAAAGAAAAAGAAACUGACAGAGAGGAUGGCCGAGAAUCUCCAUCAUAUGACACGCCAUCCCAACGAGUGCAGUUUAUCUUGGGUACUGAAGAUGAUGAUGAACACAUUCCCCAUGAUCUCUUCACUGAAAUGGAUGAACUUUGCUUCAGGGAUGGAGAAGAAUAUGAAUGGAAAGAAACGGCUAGGUGGCUAAAAUUUGAAGAGGAUGUUGAAGAUGGUGGUGAUCGAUGGAGCAAGCCUUAUGUAGCAACUCUGUCUCUGCACAGUCUCUUUGAACUGCGAAGCUGUAUUCUUAAUGGGACGGUCAUGUUGGACAUGAGAGCAAACACGCUAGAUGAGAUAGCAGAUAUGGUUUUGGACAACAUGAUUGCCUCCGGCCAGCUCGAUGAAUCCAUAAGAGAAAACGUGAGAGAGGCUCUUCUAAAAAGGCACCAUCAUCAGAAUGAGAAAAAAUUCAGCAAUCGGAUUCCCCUGGUUCGGUCUUUUGCAGAUAUAGGCAAGAAACAUUCUGACCCUCACUUGCUUGAACGAAAUGGGGAAGGCCUUUCAGCCUCCCGCCACUCUUUGCGAACAGGUCUCUCUGCCUCAAACAUUUCCCUGAGAGGAGAAAGCCGUUUGUCAGUUCUUCUCAAUUACCUUCUUCCUUCUUCAAGAGCUGGAACCCCGGCAACCUCAAGGUCUACCACCCCUGUAACUACCCCUCAAAACACACCACCCUCCAGUCCUACCUGCAGCCACCCGCCAACCACAGGUGCCCAGCCAAGUCCACUUCAGGGCAAGGAAUUGCUGGUGUCACCUGCCAGUGAUGAUAUUCCUUCAGUAAUAAUCCACCCACCUGAGGAGGACUUAGAAGUUCAGGAAAGCCAGGAAAAGAAGACAGAGGAAAAUAUUGACAAAACACCAGGGCUAUUAGCAUCUCCACAGUCAGCACCUGGAAAUCUAGACACAGGGAAAAGUGGAGAUGUUAAAGGUACUGGGACAGGAGGAAGCAGAGAAAACAGCACAGUUGAUUUCAGCAAGGUUGAUAUGAACUUCAUGAGGAAAAUUCCUACAGGAGCAGAAGCAUCAAAUGUGUUAGUGGGAGAAGUAGAUUUUUUAGAAAGACCUAUUAUUGCUUUUGUGAGGCUCUCCCCUGCUGUGCUUCUCUCAGGUCUCACAGAGGUUCCAGUUCCUACACGCUUUUUGUUUUUGUUGCUGGGACCAGCAGGAAAAGCUCCACAGUACCAUGAAAUUGGAAGAUCAAUAGCAACACUCAUGACAGAUGAUGUUUUCCAUGAUGUUGCCUAUAAAGCAAAAGACCGAAAUGAUUUGUUGUCAGGAAUUGAUGAAUUUUUAGACCAAGUGACAGUCCUGCCUCCAGGAGAAUGGGAUCCAUCUAUACGAAUUGAGCCACCAAAAAGUGUUCCUUCCCAGGAGAAAAGGAAGGUACCUAAAUUUCCAAAUGGAUCUACUCCUACAGGAGAGACUCUCAAAGAAGAAGGCCAUCAUGCUGGACCUGAACUUGAGAGAACUGGAAGGCUUUUUGGUGGUUUGAUACUUGACAUCAAAAGGAAAGCACCUUUUUUCUUGAGUGACUUCAAGGAUGCAUUAAGCCUGCAGUGCCUGGCCUCGAUUCUUUUCCUAUACUGUGCCUGUAUGUCUCCUGUAAUCACUUUUGGAGGGCUCCUGGGAGAAGCUACACAAGGCAGAAUAAGUGCAAUAGAGUCUCUCUUUGGAGCCUCAUUAACUGGGAUUGCCUAUUCUCUCUUUGCUGGGCAACCUCUUACUAUUUUGGGGAGCACCGGACCAGUUCUAGUAUUUGAAAAAAUAUUAUUUAAAUUUUGCAGGGAUUAUGAUCUUUCCUACCUCUCUCUGCGAACUAGCAUUGGUCUGUGGACUGCAUUUCUAUGCAUAGUGCUUGUAGCCACAGAUGCCAGCAGCCUUGUGUGUUACAUCACUCGAUUUACUGAGGAAGCUUUUGCAGCGCUUAUAUGCAUCAUAUUUAUUUAUGAGGCAUUGGAAAAGCUUUUUCAUUUGGGAGAAGUAUAUGCCUUCAAUAUGCACAAUGAUUUGGAUAAACUGACUUUAUAUUCAUGCGUGUGUUCUGAGCCUGAGAAACCCAGCAACGAAACUUUGCAGGUGUGGAGUAGUAUGAAUAAGUCUGUAGAAGAUAUAGCAUGGAGUAACCUUACAGUUUCUGAAUGUUUAGAAUUUCAUGGUGUGUUUCGUGGAUCAGCUUGUGGCCAUCAUGGACCAUAUAUUCCAGAUGUUCUCUUCUGGUCUGUCAUAUUAUUCUUUACAACAUUUUUCCUCUCCUCUUUCCUUAAGCAAUUCAAGACCAAACGUUAUUUCCCAACUAAGGUACGUUCUACCAUCAGUGACUUUGCAGUGUUUCUGACCAUAGUAAUCAUGGUUUUGAUUGACUAUCUUGUAGGAGUACCUUCUCCUAAGCUUCACGUUCCAGAGAAGUUUGAACCCACCCGAAAAGACCGAGGAUGGUUCAUAGAUCCUCUUGGAAGCAAUCCUUGGUGGACGCUUUUGAUAGCUGCUGUUCCUGCUUUACUCUGUACCAUUCUUAUUUUCAUGGAUCAACAAAUAACAGCUGUUAUUAUAAACAGGAAAGAGCAUAAGCUGAAGAAAGGCUGUGGUUACCAUCUUGAUCUACUCAUGGUUGGUGUUAUGUUGGGGAUAUGUUCUAUCAUGGGCUUACCGUGGUUUGUUGCUGCAACUGUCCUGUCUAUAAGUCAUGUUAACAGCCUGAAAGUUGAAUCUGAAUGCUCAGCACCAGGAGAGCAACCAAAGUUUUUGGGAAUCCGGGAGCAGCGAGUGACAGGAUUGAUGAUUUUUGUCCUGAUGGGGCUGUCGGUGUUCAUGACCUCUGUGUUAAAGUUUAUUCCAAUGCCAGUUUUGUAUGGUGUCUUUCUUUACAUGGGAGUAUCUUCAUUAAAAGGCAUUCAGUUUUUUGACCGUAUAAAACUGUUUGGAAUGCCUGCCAAACAUCAGCCCGACCUGAUUUAUCUACGUUAUGUGCCACUCUGGAAGGUCCAUAUCUUUACAGUUGUUCAGCUCACUUGUCUAGUUCUGUUGUGGGUGAUUAAAGCCUCUGCAGCUGCUGUUGUUUUCCCUAUGAUGGUUCUAGCAUUAGUGUUCAUUCGCAAGCUCAUGGAUUUAUGUUUCACCAAAAGAGAGCUUAGCUGGCUUGAUGAUCUUAUGCCAGAAAGUAAAAAGAAGAAAGAAGAUGACAAAAAGAAGAAAGAGAAAGCAGAAGCAGAGAGAAUGCUUCAGACAGGGGACAAUGAAAGCGUACACCUUGCAUAUGGAGAAGCAAAUUUGGAUUUUCCUGUAAAAACACUAAAAUACAGCCUUGAUCCCUCAGUUGUAAACAUAUCAGACGAAAUGGCCAAAACUGCACAGUGGAAGGCUCUUGCCAUGAGUACUGAGAAUGCCAAAGUAACCAGAGCUAACCUGAGCCCUGAAAAACCAGAAAGUGUGAAAAUAAAUGUGGAAGAUUCACCUGUUGUGAAAUAUGUGGAUGCCGAAACAUCUUUAUAGAACUGAAGCAAGGGGAAUUACCUGUAUUUGUGUGUGUGUAUAUAUCACUGCAGGAUAUUAUACCAUUGAAGUGUGAUUUCCAAUUUAAAGAGCAACAUGUAUUUAAUUCUGCCAUUGUUUAGGGCACUGUAGAUAUGCUUGCAUAAUGAGAAGAUUUUCCUACAAAUAAGAUGAAUGGUAAUUCACACUUCAGCUAUUUAUUUUAUUGGAAAUUUUAUUUUCAUUUUUAAAUAGGAAGAUUGUAAUGAAUGCGUAUUAUUUUCAAUAAUCAAUAUGUGCAUAAAAGUUAAAUCAGCGUUUGCUGACAAUUACUGGUCCACAUUGCUUAAAAUUUUACCUCUGUUUAUAAUGUGCGCUACAGAAGUUUGUUUUCCAUGCAGGCAGUUACUGCUUGUUUUUGCAGGGUAUACUUUUUUUUGUGAUUUCAUAGAACAAAUAUUAAUGUGCUGUUGACAAGAACUACUGUGUUUUAUGUCUCCACUACAUGGUAGUGUUUCCUGGAUUCUGUCUCUCCUAUUUUAUGGAAGUGGCCUAGAGCCCUAAGUCAGGUAGUUAGUUAAUCUUUAAAAUAUAUAUAAAUACCCUGUUCUGCUACUUUUUUUUUUUAAAUUCAGUCUUGAUUUUUCAUUGUUAUCCAGUAGCAGUAUGAGUGCAGUAAUUGUAGUUACAGUCCC